AUGGCAUCUACAGAUGUCAAAGAAUCAUCAAACUUGAUGGACGAGCUCCGCCAUGUCCAGCUCUUACUCAAGCGCGAAGAUAUUUUUUACGAUUUUCAGGCAAAUGAAAUUAAGGAACUUAACCAAUCCUUGAGAAAUGAAUCACAAAAAGUUUUAUACCUUCAGAAAUUCCUUAUUUAUUUACACAUGUGCUCUAUGGGUGAUAAGUGCGUUAAACUUCCACCUAAAUACUAUGAUUCUCUUUUCAAGGAUAUCCCAGACAAACAACAGCAGCCAUCAGCUUCAAACCAAGUCAAUGUUUUCAACAAGAUUAUCUCUGUCUUCACAACAGAUAUCGAGCUCCUUGCUAAGUCUGUUUCAGAAUUAAUCACAAAGAAGCCAGAAUCUGCCGACUUACUCACUUUUUCAACAAUUCCAGGUCUUUUCGGCUAUCUUUGGAGCGCCGAAGCUGCCGAGAAUUUCCUCAAGUUCAUGCAGAAGGUUAUUGCUACAAAUGUUAUUGUCGCAAAAACAUUAGCUCGCGUAAUCUUUGCUCUUCCUCAAUUCCGCUUAUUCUUCGACUCAGUUAUCAGCGACCUUGUCAAUAAAGUCCCAUCUGUUACGAAUGCCGAGCAAGCCGAGCAAUUCACCACCGAAUUCAUUCAGAAGUGGAAGGACAUUGUUCAGUUCUGCCCAGAUAUCGUCAAAACAGCUGCUACUUUCACAGACAGUCCAGCACAAUUACUUUUAGAGUCAUUUAUCAAGCCAGCCUUCGAUUCUCCACUUACUUUCGGCAUUGUUCCAAUCAGCCUUCGUGUUGGACCAGAACCAACCAACCUUAUCGCUGAAAGUCUCGGAAAACAUAUCGAUGAACUCUGGAAAGCCAUCGACGAAGUUCCAAAAGCCUCACCACUUCCUUCUGCCGAGAAGUUGACCAAGAUUCUCCCAGAUCUUGGCAAGUCUGCCCUCUUUACAAGCGAAGAUCUUGCAAAUUUGACAGAUCUCGUUACUUAUGCCAUUGAAAUCAACCCAGAUUUCCCUGUCAAGCCAACCCAGCUCGAUCGCCAGGCCACAAGUGAGGAAUACAACUCAUAUUCCUUCACAUUGCCAUCUGUCCAAGAAGUUCACUACGCAGACCACUCCAAUUCCGAGUUAUCUCCUCAGGAUGAGAUCGAACUUCAACUUCGCCAGAUGCUUAUUGGCGUAGAUGUCAUUCCUCUCGCUGCUCAAUCGAAUGAUUCUCCAGACAUGGUUUCGCUCCUCAAGAGCCAGGUCCAACUUGCUCGCCCAGACCACAGAUUGCUCUUGGAGAUGAAGAUUGAUGAUUUCGAGACAGCUAGACGUAAGGUUGAUGCUGAUAAGCAGAGUUCUUCAUUCCAGGACUUCUUGAACCUUCUUAAGGAGAAGUUUAAACAAAGACAACCAGACAGACUCGAGAAACUUUCAAAGAUUUCCCUUUACAACACUGAAUUUUCUCAAAUGGGACAACUUUCAAAGGGUCUUAAGAAAUCCAUCGAUUUCUACAGAGAUGUCCUUAGAUUCCAUCUCGUCGAGCAGUGGUUGAACGAAACAAAGCCUUUGGCUUCAAUUUCAGACCAAUUAUGCACAGAAAGUGCCAAAUUCGUACAGUUCUUCAACCAGACAGUCGAACAAUGGAAAGGCUGGUGCAAGAACAGAAGCUAUACACCAAUCUGCUCCUUCGAAAUUCUUCAUAACAUCAUCAUGCGCGAAUUACCACUCGAAAGGUUCCUCCAGAUGAAUCCAGACUACGCCAAGUACGAUGAGAACUGCUGCAACGGCAUCAAGGAUAAGAAAGAAGAACUUCUCAGACAAAAUACUUUCGAUUUCACUUCAACCUUCCAAGAAAAUCCGAAAUUACUCGAAGCAGCUCAACGUCAAUUACAAAGAGCCUUUGAUGCUCCACUUCCAUUAGUCAAAUUACACUACUUCAGUGAAGCAUUGAAUACUCUUGUCUUUGUGUUGACAUUCGAAGGCCACAAGGAAAUCGGUGCUGACCAGUGGUUGCCAAUGACCAUUCUCCUUCUCGUUCUCGCUGCUCCUGAAAGACUUCCUUCCACAAUCAAGUACAUCGACCACUUCGUAAAGUCUCUCAGCGACAACCAGUCAUCGGAGAUGAGGUUGAUCUCUGAACAGACAGACUACAACUUCACAAUGGUCAAAUCUUCCCUCAUGCACUUCCAGAAGUCAAUCCCUGGAAUUGGCCCGGCUGAAGGUGAAGCAGGAAUGAUUUAA